UGCUUGGUAUUACUGCAUUAUUGUUUUUUAUCAACUCAACUCGCCAGAAAUUACGCUAUCCCUAUCCCAAAAAACCGCAAACGCGCGAGUGUUUAUGUUUCGUCUCCAAGUGCAUAUCAUAGAUUAGUAGUCUUAGUAAACCCGCAGAACUCCGGCUGUCUAAAAAUACACGCGUAAUUCCCCCCUCCCACGCACACGAUAUUUUUUUUGUUUUCGACCCCUGACUGCGCUUGUGGAUUUUCCCCCAAAAAAAAAAAGUAGAAAAGGAAAUCAUAAUACGCAAUUGGGCACCCUAUCGAUUUCACCGGCCGCAAACUGAAUUCCCCAGGAUACGGAUAAUGGAGGUUUCCGCCGAUCCGUACGAGCAGAAGCUCUAUCAAAUGUUCCGGAGCUGCGAGAAAAAUGGAAACGGCCUGCUGGACGAGAAAUCUCUGCUGAAACUGUGCUCCCUGCUGGAGCUCCGGGAUCAGGGAUCCGCCCUGAUCACCAGUUUAGGAGGCAGUCACCAGAUGGGCGUGUCCUUUGGCCAGUUCAAGGAGGCUCUGCUCAACUUCCUGGGAUCGGAAUUCGAUGGAACCACGACGUCAUCGGGUUUUAUGGAGCGUUCGCUUGUGAUCACGGAUGAGCCCCUGACCAGCACAUAUAUCGAGAGUCCGCCCGAGUCUUCCGACCGCGAAGUGUCGCCCAAACUCAUUGUGGGCACCAAGAAGUACGGACGCCGCUCUAGGCCGCAUCAGGGAAUCUACGAGUUGUCCGUCACGGAUUCGGACAAUACGGAUGAGGAUCAGCUGCAGCAGCAGCAGAAGCAGCGGAGUCUCAACGGCUGCGAUGAGCUGGGAGUUCAGGUCCAACGUUCCUCGUCCCAGAGCGAUCUUCCUGGCAGUCGGCGCCUGCGUUCAGUUCACACCAGCGGGAGCAAACUGAAGAGAUGUGCCUCGCUGCCAGCCCGCCGGAGUCUUCAGUCCAAGAUGCACAACACCUCCACGGGAGCGGCAACAUCGCCGACGGCCGCGGCCAAGAUGAAGCAGCUCUCCAUCCAGACACAGCACAGCAGCAGCGUUGAGUCCCUGGGCCAUCACCUGGCCGCCAAUUCCGCACCGUCGUCCGAGCACCGAAGAUGCUACCACGGCGGCCGUUGGUCAUGUUGCAAAGACACGGUGACGCCUCAGCAACUGGAGACGAUCUCUGUGCACAGCAUCAUCGAAGCCUGGGAGUUGGCCAGCAUUCCCAGUAGUCGCACCCUGCUCCACAUCCUAGGAUUCGAUGAGGAAGAGGAGGUCAAUCUGCUGCAGCUGACCAAGGCGCUGGAGGAGGAGCUGCGUGGUCUCGAAGGGGAUCAGGAGCAGUCGAAUAUGCUGCGUGCCCUGGCUGCUCUGCAGGCCACUGAGUUGGGUAACUACCGACUGGCCUUCCGUCAGCAGCACGAGGAGAACCUCAAGCUUAGAGCCGACAAUAAGGCGGCGAACCAAAGGGUUGCCCUGCUGGCCGUGGAGGUGGAUGAGCGGCAUGCCUCGCUGGAGGACAGCUCCAAGCAGCAGGUGCAGCAGCUGGAGCAGCGACAUGCCAGCAUGGUGAGGGAACUCACACUGCGGAUGAGCAAUGAUCGCGAUCAUUGGACCAGCAUGACGGGAAAGCUGGAGGCGCAGCUUAAGUCCCUCGAGCAGGAUGAGAUCCGCCUUAAAACGGAACUCGAACUGCUGAGGACUGAGAACUCAGAGCUGGAGUCGGAGCAGCAGAAGGCACAUGUCCAACUCACCGAGCUACUCGAACAGAACAUUAAGCUCAACCAGGAACUGGCCCAGCGGCCGAGCAGCAUUAGUGGCACACCCGAGCACAGUCCAAUGCGUCCGAGGAGGCACAGCGAGGACAAGGAGGAGGAGAUGCUGCAACUGAUGGAGAAGCUGGCUGCCCUCCAAAUGGAGAACGCCCAGCUGCGUGACAAGACUGACGAACUGACCAUCGAAAUUGAGAGCUUAAAUGUGGAACUGAUCCGUUCGAAAAGCAAGGGAAAGAAGCAGGAAAAGCAGGAGAAACAGGAGGAGCAGGAGGCGGCUGCCACGGCCACCAAAAGGCGUGGCGACUCGCCGAGCAAAGCACAUCUCACAGAGGAGAGCCCGCGACUGGGAAAGCAACGCAAGUGCACUGAAGGCGACCAAAGUGAUGCCAGCAAUAGCGGCGAUUGGUUGGCUUUGAACUCCGAGCUCCAAAGAAGUCAAAGCCAGGAUGAGGAACUAACUAGCCUCAGGCAACGGGUGGCUGAUUUGGAGAAGGAAUUAAAAGCCGCCAAGGAGGGCAGAUCUCUCACUCCCGAAAGCCGCUCCAAGGAACUGGAGGCUAGCCUCGAGCAAAUGCAGCGCGCCUAUGAGGAUUGCGAGGACUACUGGCAAUCGAAACUCAGCGAAGAGCGGCAGAUGUUCGAGAAGGAGCGCCAGAUCUACGAGGAUGAGCAGCACGAGAGCGACAAGAAGUUCACCGAGCUGAUGGAAAAGGUGCGCGAGUACGAGGAGCAGUUCAGCAAGGAUGGACGACUGUCGCCCAUCGAUGAGCGUGAUAUGCUGGAGCAGCAGUAUGUGGAACUGGAGGCCGAGGCAGCCCAACUGCGCUCGAGUUCCAUUCAAAUGCUCGAGGAGAAGGCUCAGGAAAUUGGCUCUCUGCAAUCGGAGAUCGAAGAUCUGCGACAGAGAUUGGGUGAGAGCGUGGAGAUUCUCACGGGUGCCUGUGAACUCACCUCGGAAUCGGUGGCCCAACUAAGUGCCGAGGCUGGCAAAAGUCCUGCCAGCUCGCCCAUCAGCUACCUCUGGCUGCAAAGCACCAUCCAGGAGCCGGCGAAAUCCCUUGCCGACACCAGAGAUGAAGCCACCGCCAGUGCCAUCGAACUGCUGGGGGGCUCACCAUCGCACAAGACAGCCAGCCGCAAUAACCUCACCACUUCGGAGACCUCGAUCUUCAGCACUACCCCCUUCGAGAGUUCUCCCUCGGGUCCUUCGCCCACGAAUAGUGGCAAAACCCACGCCUUUGCCGCCAACACCGGUCCAGCUCCCAUCAGCAAACCCAAGCGGGCCCAGAGUCCCCAGCAGGCUCCAUCUGAGGGAGAGAUUGCCGAUUGCGAGACCUCGUCGACGGCGUCCAACAAGAGCUUCGAGUCCAACAGUAAAACAUCUUGCCUUAGCCACGAAAAGUGCAGCAGUCCGUCGGCACUGAAGGAGGAGCUGAAGCGCCUUAAGUUCUUCGAGCUCUCCCUCAAGGAGCAGAUCAAGGACCUGAGCCUGCAACGCGACGGUUUGGUAAUGGAACUGCAGCAGUUGCAGGAGGCGCGGCCUGUGCUCGAAAAGGCCUAUGCGCGAACCACGCAUCCAACGCUUCAGCAGCGACUGAACCAAUUGGAGCUGCGAAAUCGCCAUCUGCAGAAUGUCAUCAAGCAGCAGCAGCAGUACACAGAGUCCCUGAUGCAGCAAUCCUGGCGGCAGCAUCAAGUGGAGCUCAAUGAACUACACAGCCGGAUCGAAACGCAGGGUGUUAUGCUGGCCGAUCAGACGCAGCGUCUGCAGAGUGCCGACAUCCUGGUGAAGGAUCUGUAUGUGGAGAACUCUCAUCUGACGGCCACAGUGCAGCGGUUGGAGCAACAGCGGGCUAGGGUGAACCUCAUCCAUCAGCAGCAGCAGCAACAGCAGCGACUUGUGGGCGGCGGACUGCCCGGCAUGCCUUAGUUUGCCAAAGAUUGGCAAACGGAUAUUAGUUUAUAGUUAAAACAAAAGACAAAAAACCUGAGGAGAAAGGUGCUCAGCAUCAGCAGACAUCGAACAUGCACCUAUAUAUCGUUAUGAAUGUAUACAACACUCGGUAGAUUAAGUUUGCAUACUCGUCGUAUACGUACGUGGCGUUUUUUGUGAAUGAUUGUGCAUCCAAAUCCAUGUUGUUCGACACGAGAGCACCGCAGCAAUAACUAAAGUGACUUUAACUUAAACUCACCCACGCGCAAAUGAGGAACAAUCCACACUAGUGUACCACAUCUAGUAAUCGACUAACUUAUACGAACGGAGAAACUAUUUACACAAACCAAAUCAUACUCGAUUGAACAAUGGUACCCACAUAUAGUUAUAUGUUCGUUCAUGUCUCACUGCAAUGUUGAACUUACUAAUUGACAAAUGAAAUAGUUAUCGUAUAUUAAUUAUAUUAGAAGAAACAGUAUUUUAAAUUUGUUAUGCGUCUGACUAGGCGAGCACGUUUAUCAAUGUUUACCACGUGCCCAAUCAAAUGCAUUCGGAAUUGUUGUUAAUUUUAUUGGUAGAGAAAACGAAAAUGAGCGAAAAAAAUGAUCUAUGAUAUUGAUAUAAUAUGUAACGACAAAAAGACCUGUAAAGCUGUAAUUAUACACACGAAUCUAUGUAUUUAAAUUGCGAUUUAAGUUAGCCAAUACUCUUCAAUAUUGCUUUUGCGAACGCGACUUUUUGUUAACCCGUUUUCGUCCCAAUAACUCACUCUAUUUAAAUGUAAAAACCUCGACUUAGUUUACUUGCCACUCGAUUCACGUGACUGUCGUAAUCGGUGCUUCAAUCAAUACUUUCGAUCAAAAUAUAAAUUUACUUUUUAAAAGUAUAAAAAAA